CCCCCAUAGACCAAUUUCCAAAAACAGCAGACCACCAACCACAAGACUCCACGUGUCCUCUCCCACCAACAAACCCCUCUUCACGGCUGCAACUCCAAGGAAGAAACCAUCUUCUUCGACGGCGGAGCCCACUAUGGCGACCUCAUUGCAAACCUAUGUCUGGUUUCAGUCUCCUUCGGCUGCCGUUAACUCAGGCCGCUGUGUCAAGGGCUUUUUACUUGAGAUACAGGUUCACAAACCUUGGUUAUCUCCAGCCUGACGAAUCAGGACCGGAGCGAUUUCUCUUACAAUGUCAUCAAGGACGUGCAAAUGGUGCCACAAUUUGUCGGUGAGUGGGGUGAUAUUGUCAUUACAUUGAAGGAUGGAACUAAGGUUGAUCUUAGGAGUGUGCCCAAGUUCAGAGAAAUUGCGAAGAACUGUUUAUCCAUGGCUGAGAUGCCUGUGGUUUUAAAGGAAGCAGGGCCUAAAGGGUUUUAGCCUUUUAGGUCAAUUCUUUUCUUGAAAAGGUAUGUAAAGUUUCUCUUCUUUUUUCUUUUUUCUUUUUUAACACAUUUAUAUUCUUAUUGUGAGAAUAAUGAAUUCAAAGUAAAUUUGUUCAUGUUUGUGUGGAAAUGUUGGAAUAGGGUGAGAAUUUGUUUGCAGCUAGUUUGAAUUUUCUCAUUACUAUUCAUUGUGAAAUUUGUCAGAUAUCUGAGAUAGUGACGGCCUUUGGCAACAUUUUUAAAAAAUUAGUGGCAUUACUGUUGUUAUUUGUAGUUUUUACCUAUAGAUGGCUUCCUGGUUCUAUAGGUGCAAGAAACAAAAGCAUGAUAUGUAUUAAUGUAUGGAAUUGGGGGAGAGAUAAUGUGAACUUUUAGUUAUUCUUUGGGGAAUUUCCUUUCAUGAAAUGGAGAAUGUAAUAGUUGACUGAUAACAUGAAAAGUAAAUAUCUGUGGCAGAGAAAUGGUUAUCCGCUGUCCAUGUUCUUUGGGAAUUAUUUGCUAUUUGAUAAAAUUCCCCAAAUGUAAGGUGAAAACAAAAGCUGCAAUUACGUUUAUCAUCUUGAUCUUGCUGGCUAGAAUUUGAACCAUUUAUAAGAGUGCAAAUCAUGCUUACCGGGUGCAAAGUUUGAGUUUCUAACUUUAUAUUAAGCAGUUUGAGUUACACGCAGGUCUCUUUUGUUUAGAGUGCGCUGAUAUGAAGUUUAGAGCGCGCUGAUAUGAAGUUUAGAGCAAAAAAAAGGCAAUUGAAGUACCUGAUUAGUUUCUCUAGUGUGUUCCAUGUCGUAGACAUACUUUUGAGGCCAAAAGGAAAAAGGCAUUCCAUGUUGUAGACAUAUUUCUUUUUAUUAGAAUGACUGCAGAAGGAGCCUAUAGUUGAUAUGAAUUGAUUUGAGCAAGAGAGUUGUUUCCAGUUAGGAAUUUCAAGUGUUGGUUGAGGAGAAGAUAACAAAAAUGAUUUGGAGAU